AUAUAGUUCUCUUUGCUCACUAGCAUAACAUUAGAGACAAUAUGGCACCUUUAGGAGACAAUAAUAACAAUAAUGUUGUUGUUUCAAACUUGAAACUUGAAAGAAUGCUUAGUAUGAAGGGAGGCAAAGGAGAAACUAGCUAUGUCAAUAACUCUCAAGCUCAGGGGCAACAUGCACGAUCAAUGCUACACUUAUUGAAAGAUACUCUCGACGGAGUUCAGCUAAACUCGCCGGAGAUUCCAUUCGUAAUCGCCGAUUUAGGCUGUUCCUGCGGUAGCAACACAAUUUUCAUUAUCGACGUAAUCGUCGAACACAUGAGCAAGCGUUACGAAGCCAUCGGACAAGAGCCACCGGAAUUUUCAGCUUUCUUCUCCGAUCUACCGUCGAACGAUUUCAACACUCUGUUUCAAUUGCUACCGCCUUUAGCUAAUAAUGGCUGUGGAAGUAUGGAAGAAUGCUUAGCUUCUAAUAGCCACCGCUCUUAUUUCGCCGCCGGCGUUCCUGGUUCCUUUUACCGGCGUCUUUUUCCGGCCAGAUCUAUCGACGUUUUCUAUUCUGCAUUCUCUCUGCAUUGGCUCUCUCAGGUGCCGGAGAUAGUGUUGGAUAAGAGAUCUGCAGCAUAUAACAAAGGGAAAAUUUACAUACAUGGAGCAAAUGAGAGCACAGCAAAUGCAUACAGAAAACAAUUUCAGACAGAUUUGGCUUAUUUUUUGGGAUGUAGGUCCAAAGAAAUGAAGAGGGGUGGUUCUAUGUUUUUAGCUUGUUUGGGUAGGACUUCUGUGGAUCCUACUGAUCAAGGUGGGGCUGGGCUUCUCUUUGGGACCCACUUUCAAGAUGCUUGGGAUGAUCUUGUCCAAGAGGGCCUAAUUACUAGUGAGAAAAGGGACAAGUUCAAUAUUCCAGUGUAUGCACCAAGCAUUCAAGAUUUCAAAGAAGUGGUAGAAGCAAAUGGCUCAUUCAAAAUUAACAAUCUUCAAGUUUUUAGGGGAGGAAGCCCUCUUGUGGUUAGCCAUCCAGACGACGCGGCUGAAAUAGGACGAGCACUAGCUAACAGCUGUAGGAGUGUUAGUGGGGUGCUCGUCGAUGCCCACAUUGGUGAACAGCUCAGUGAUGAGCUGUUCACCAGAGUGGAGGAACGAGCCACGUGUCAUGCAAAAGAGCUUCUUCAGAAUCUGCAGUUUUUUCAUAUUGUUGCUUCACUUUCUCUUGUGUAGAGAUUUGAAUGUUUAAUUAGAAUUUUCAAAAGAGAGACAAAGGGGCUCUAGUGAAAGUCUAUAUGUCUCUCAAUCUAUUAGAAUGAAAUAUUGUUAGAGAAAUUAAGACUGACUUGUAGUUUGGUUUGGUUGAUAAUAUAU